AUGUCUGGUAGGUUGGUGGUGGCGCUGAUGACCAAGUGGUGCACAUUACCAACCCCACCAGCCGCAGCACCUAUCCCCCUCCACCUCUCCGGCCGUGCCCUCCUCCGCCCACCACCUCUAUACGCACCACCGCGCGCCACCCGGACAAUCGCAAUGAACACCACCAAUCAAGACCAAGACUCCCUCGACGCUCUAUUCAAGCAGAAAAGAAUCCUCCGCUCAAAUGUCCGCAAAGCCCUCAAAUCCAUGGAUCCGACACUCAGAUCCCAUGAAGAUAAUGCAAUUCAGAAUAUUGUAUUGGAAGCUCCAUGGUUUAAAUCUUGUCAAAGACUAUGUGCGUAUAUAAGCUGCAGUGCUUUGAGGGAAGUUGAUACCUGUAAGUUACUGUCUGAAAUUCUUCAGAGUCCACGUAAAGAGGGUGAUGUGCAGCUGAGGAAAAAGCUCUAUGUUCCGCGUGUCGAGGACAAGAACAGUCACAUGAGAAUGCUGAACAUUUCGUGUAUUGAUGAUCUUGUGGCGAAUUCGAUGAAUAUUUUGGAGCCUGCUCCGGUGGAUUCUGAUGGAAAUGAACGCAAAGAUGUAAUGCAGGCAAGUGACCCAGUUGAUUUGCUCCUCUUACCGGGACUAGCGUUUGACAGAUCUGGGAGACGCUUGGGUCGUGGUGGAGGUUAUUAUGAUACCUUCCUGACAAGGUACCAAGAGCUUGCAAAGGCACACAAUUGGAAGCAACCACUCCUUGUUGCACUGUCCUAUUCUACACAGAUAUUGGAUGAAGGAGUUAUUCCGAUCACUCCACAUGACGUACUAGUGGAUGCGCUUGUGUCCCCAGCGGGUGUGAUCCCUAUCAGCCCAACCGCUUUAGACAGAAUGAAGCUUUGAAAAAAAAAAAUACUUGAAGCCUUCCAAGAUCAGAUCCUCGUGGAGUUUGACCCUGGCUGCCCCUGUAUCUGUUAAAGGAAGUAAUCGCGGUCUGUCUGAGAUAUAGGGCUUGGUGUUAUCUGAGAUAUAGUUCUGGUUCCGUGUGGUUGAGACUUAAGAGUUAACCGCUGAUUGUACAACCUUAAAUCAAGACUCGGAGUUAUUUGGAACAUCAAAGUUCGGUUUUUAGAACGAGGAUUUCAUUUUUCUCUGUUUUUGUUUUGGUCGAAUCUUCUGUGUUCUUUCACUUACGAUUAAAGUGUAAUGUUAUUAGGGACAUCUAAAUUUAACUCAAAUACUGCUUUGUUGCAGAUUGAACAUUUCUAUCUGAAAUAUUGUUGUUUGGUGUU